GACGAGAGUCGAACAGUCUCUCACUGGCGCCCGGUUGCGUCGCGUACCCGAGAGACUGGAUUUUCGCGUGAGGCAAGCACAGGACUGUGUGCGAGGAUAAAAAGUACUGUAAAAGAGGAUCUGCGAGAGUGGCCCCAUAGUUGGGAGCCUUAGUGGGACGGUGGUAGAGUUUCCAUCCGCGAGAGCGACAGCUGACCCUUCUUCGAGGCUCGAUGACCGGCACGCGCGAGGACAAGACCCGAUGCUGGAUCAGGAUGACCUGUCUCUUCGCCGAUUCUGCACGCCACGUGGUUACAGGCUUCCUGCCUUUUUGGAUCUUAUUCUUGCUGAGGGGUUGCGACGCCUCGUACGAGAUGCAGGGGCCGAGCUUCGUGUCGGAGCCAGCGUCGCGGGUGGAAUUCACGAAUGUGAACGGUGGCCGUGUGGACUGCAUAGUGAGAGGAAAUCCGGCGCCGACCGUCGACUGGCUGGCAGCGGACGGCGGCAGUAUAACGAGUAUCCCCGGAAUCAGACACGUCCUUGGCAACGGGACGAUCCACUUUCCUGGCUUCGAGGCCGAGGUCUUCCGGCAGGAUGUCCACUGGGCCAUUUAUAAGUGUUCCGCCGUCAACAGUGUCGGUGCCAUCGUUAGCAGAGACGUCACUGUCAGAGCAGUGGUGAACCAGCGUUACGAUCCGGAAGUUCAAUGUCCCGGCGGUUUCCUCGGCAACAACGUGCUCAUGCGAUGCAACGUGCCCAGUUUCGUUCGUGACCACGUCACCAUCACGUCUUGGCUUCAGGAGCCGUCGUUUAACAUCUACCCGUCCACCAUGGCCGACGGUAAGUAUCACAUGUUGUCAACCGGGGAGCUGAUGAUACUGAAUAUCACGCGGGAGGACGCGGAGCGGACUUAUCGGUGCAGGACGCAUCAUCGCCUGACUCAGGAAACGGUCGUCAGCAGCAACGUCGGCAGGCUUCAAUUGACUGAGAUACGGAGCACCAUGCCGCCGAUGAUAAACGAGAAGGUGGUUUAUAUGUCGUCGCGGCUGAAAGACACCGUUGUGAUACCCUGCGUCGCGUACGGCAAUCCAACGCCUGCUAACAGGUGGUAUUACACGAGGAACCAGAGAGAGGAGCCGAUCGAGGAUUCGUCCGGGCGUUACUUGGUGAAAGACGGUUCGUUGAUCAUACAAGGCGUCCAAGAGAGCGACGCCGGAUCGUAUACGUGCACCGCUAGUAAUUCCGAGGGCAGCGAGUCCAUGGAAGUCAGGUUAACGGUGUCCGCGCCAUUGAGCGUGCACGUUCAACCGUCUAUUCAGACCGUCGAUCUUGGGAAGGCCGCUCAUUUGACGUGCAGCGCAAGUGGAUUUCCGCAGGCGGCGCUGUACUGGCUGAAGGACGGUCAGCCAUUGAGGACGGGCGCCCGCAUAAGGGCGGUUUCCAGGGAGCGUAUUUCCGUGAUGUCGGUUGCACGGGAGGAUCGCGGCAUGUACCAGUGCUUUGUGAGGAACGAGUAUGAAAUGGCUCAAGGAAUUGCGGAAUUGCGCCUGGGCGAGAUCGCGCCGCAGCUGGUCUACAGGUUUAUCGAACAGACAAUGCAGACCGGUCCAUCGGUUUCUCUGAAAUGCAGCGCCGCGGGUAAUCCGACGCCGCAAAUUUCCUGGCUGCUGGAUGGAUUUCCGCUUCCGCAAAACGACAGGCUCUUGAUUGGCCAGUACGUGACCGUGUACGGCGACGUAAUAUCGCACGUGAACAUAUCGUCGGUGAAAUCCGAAGACGGGGGCGAGUACGAGUGCAUCGCUAGCAGCCGUGCCGGCGAGGCCAGACACUCGGCGAGGCUCAAUAUUUACGGCCUGCCAUACGUCAGACCCAUGUCGACGGUCUCGGCGGUUGCUGGGAAACAAUUUCGCAUCAAAUGUCCGGUUGCCGGCCAUCCCAUUGAAUCGAUCAUCUGGGAGAAAGACGGUGUAAAGCUGCCGACGAACAUGCGGCAGAAGGUCGCGAACGGCAGCCUGUACAUCGACAUGGUGCAACGAGCCGCUGAUCAGGGCACGUACACGUGCACCGCCAGGAACAAACAUAACUUCACCUCUCAACGAUCUGUUGAAGUGCGCGUUCUAGUGCCACCUAAAAUCACGCCUUUCAGUUUUGCUCGCGAUUUAAACGUAGGGGACCGUACUAGCGUACAGUGCGUGGUCGUGACUGGCGAUCUGCCACUGACGUUCACGUGGCUCAAAGAUAACGUCCCAAUAGAGACGAUCAGGACGUCGCAGGAUGCCACGUCGUCGGGCCAUAGCCGCGUUCAGGCACCGGCCGGUCCUGGGGACGCGAUUAAGGGGCCCAAGCGAGGCCCCAAGGCCGACGUGCAAGAACAGUCCCCGAGAAAGGCCAUUACCGUCCGGCAAUAUGACGCUUUUACCAGCGCCCUGAGCAUUAGCACGAUCGCACCCGCGCACAAUGGCACGUACACCUGUCGCGUGGCCAAUGGCGCUGCCACCGUCGCUCAUUCUGCACUCCUUCACGUCAACGUGCCGCCGCGGUGGACGGUGGAACCUAUCGACCAGAACGCCGUUGUAGGUCACGGCGUCUCCAUCGCCUGUCAGGCUGAGGGAUUUCCCAUUCCGACGGUGACUUGGAGGCAAUCGAUCGGCGAUACACCGGGCGACUACAGAGAGCUGGGAUAUAGCGGCACCGAGGGAGCAGGGGUUGCUGGGAACGGGUCUCUGGCGAUACCACGGGUAACCAGAGAUCACGCCGGGUUCUACCUAUGCCAGGCGAGCAACGGGAUCGGUCCCGGGCUCAGCAAGCUCAUUCAGCUAACAGUCCACGCGGGUCCGCAGGUAUCGGUGAAAACGCGUCAGGAAUCAGUGCGACGAGGAGAGAGCGUGACGCUUCGCUGCGAGGCCGAAGGAGACGCACCCCUUGAUCUGAGCUGGCGUGCGCGUGACAGCCGAGUCGAUCCCAACUACGAUGUUAGGUACACGAUAGACAACCAGAAGGUGUCCGGCCGGGUGAUUUCCGAGCUGCGCAUCAUCCAGGCGAACCACAUCGACCGGGGGGACUACAUGUGCGUGGCUACGAACGCUUACGGUCACGCCAGGGCGACCAUCAACCUGCUCGUCCAGGAGCCGCCGAAUUUUCCCCGGGAUUUACACAUUGCCGAGCAAGGCAGCAGAUCGCUGCUGUUGGCCUGGUCGUCGCCGUCGAGCGAACAGGAUCCGGCCCACGCGAACUCGCCUAUAACCAACUACAUCGUGCAAUACAAGGAGGCGCAGGACGUGUGGCAUGAGCACAACACGCAGAAGAUGGUGUCGGGGGACAACACGGUCGCGCUGAUUUCGCCACUAAAACCGGCGACCUCCUACCACUUUCGGGUGCUUGCGGAAAAUCACCUUGGAACAUCAGCGCCAAGCGACAUCCUUCAUACCCAGACCGAGGGCGAGAUACCCAGCGGACCGCCCAGGCACGUCACCGUGGAGGCGUUAGGACCCCAGCAAGUGAAAGUCACCUGGCAGCCGCCCGAUCGAUCCCUCUGGAACGGGGAACUUCUUGGAUACACGAUCAGCUACGCCAAUCUCGGAGGGAAUGAUCAAUCGGUGAACAUCACUAGAGUGGGAAUCACCGGUAACGGGGACGGCUCCUACGAUUAUAAGCUAACCGGGCUUCGAAAGUACACCCAGUACAGCAUAGUAGUGAAGGCGUUCAAUAAUAAAGGCGACGGGCCAGGAUCUGACCCGGUGACUGUGCAGACCCUUGAAGACGUUCCAAGCGCCCCUCCGCAGACCGUAGCGUGCGCGGCGCUAACCGGGCAGACCAUUCAGGUGACCUGGAAACCACCGCCUUCCGACAAAGUUCACGGGGUCGUGCAAGGCUACAAGUUGCUGUACGAGGCGGCCAGCGCGGUCCUCGAGCAGCAGGCGGGCAGGGAGACGAAGAUCGUCCAUGCACUCAGCACGGUGCUCCACGGUUUGAGCCCGUACACGAAUUACACGGUACAGGUGCUUGCGUACACAAGGGCCGGCGAAGGUGUCACCAGUAGCCCUGUAUCCUGCACCACCGAAGAAACUGUUCCAGAUGCACCGGAGCGGGUGAAGGCUGUGACUAGCAACGAGGACGCUGUGGUGAUAUCCUGGCUGCCUCCUCGGAGGCCGAACGGUAUCCUAACCAAGUACACCGUGCAUAUCCGGGUGUUGGACCAGGGCCAGGAGGUGAAGAUCACUAAAAGCUCGCUGCCUGCGCAGAGCUUGCACCACGAGGCGACCGGGUUGAAGCUGCGCGAGUCCUACGAAGCCUGGGUUACGGCCUCGACCAAAGUGGGGCAAGGGCCCAGGACUCCGGUCAUCAAACUUCAGCUGAGCAGCACCGGCAGUACUAUUCCAGCAGCUAUAAUAUCGUUCGGAGUGCCGCUCGUGGUGCCGUGGAGGGUGGACGUCAAUAUGGCCUGUCUCGCCGUGGGUAAUCCGCCGCCGACGUUGGAAUGGCGCCGCGGCGACGUCAAACUGCAGCAGAGAUCCGACAUCGGGCCGGACAACACAUUGACGCUGAGGAACGUGCAAAGGUCCCACGAGGGCAACUACUCCUGCCACGUCAAGAAUUCCCUCGGCUCCGACGAAAUCGCCUACACGCUUCAAGUACAAGUGCCGCCGACGCCGCCGACUUUGCUCGCCACCGGCACGACCACCGACGCUGUUCAGCUGCAGUGGAAGCAAGGCGACAAUGGCGGCGCGGCCAUAAGAGGCUUCCUGUUGGCCUACCGCCGGGAAUUCUCCGAGUGGGAGGAAGUGAUGCUGGACCGGAAGGCCACCACGCAUCUUUUGGAAGGUUUACAAUGCGGAACCAAGUACCAGUUCACUCUGGCCGCGUUCAACAGAAUCGGUAGCGGGAGCGCCAGCAAAAUAGAAACCGUCAAGACGAAUGGAACGAAACCCGUCGCGCCGAAGAAGCAUCAAUUGAUCAAAGUUAAUCAAACAUUUGUUACCCUCGAGUUGAACUCUUGGCAAGACGGUGGCUGCCCUCUGUUGUACUUCGUGGUGGAGUAUAGAAGAUUGCCCGGCGAUUGGUUACUCGUGUCGAAUAACGUGCCGCCGCAAUCGAGAUUCCCUAUAGUGGACCUGGAACCGGGUACCAAAUACGAGCUCCGUGUCAGCGCGUACAACAACGCGGGAUCCACGCAGGCCGAAUACCUGUUCAGCACGCUGCCGCAGACCGGCAGUAAUCGAAUACACGACGAGCAUUCACCGGAAAUCGAGGAGACCUCGCUGUUUUUCGACGCCCACGUACUGGCGCCCAGCGUGAUAUCGCUUCUCGCAGUGUUCCUCGCAGUGGCUGGCGUUUGUUUCUGCUUGAAAACACACGCGGAACGGUCAGGUCGGGCGAACGACCCGAAUUCGCAAACGCAGGCCGCGCUGGAGAACAAGCAUAAUAUGGAGCAGAGGGAACAGUACUAUGCGACCGUGAGGAAACCAGGCCAGCAGUCGCCCUGUCGCGAGGUGAGCGCGCUGGAAAGAAUACCCGAAUAUUCCGAAGACAUUUAUCCGUACGCCACCUUCAAUCUGCCCGAGCAGGAAAACCUGUCGGCGAACCCGAUGCGACAGGCGUUCUACUACGAACGCAGCGAAACCAUGCUGCAAGGCAAUCAGUGCGACAUGGACCAGUACACGAAGGUACGUGGUAGGGCGCGGCGAAAGUCGAAGUCGUUCAAGUCGGAGUCCGAGGAGUACGACACCCUGGGCUCGGACAGCGACACGGAGGUCGGUACCAGCAGCCGCACCGAGUCCUCGAACCACCUGGACGAUUCUGGGCCGGCGUCGAUAAUGACGCGGUCGCCGGGGCCGAACUCCAUCGGGCAGAGGGAGCAGCGACUAGCCCUGGUCCCGAGGCCGGUUCAUCAUAAUGUGCUGUACCACACGCACGAAUCAAGUACAUCAACCGAGCCGUCACCAACUUCUGAGAGGAAGACCUUUCCCAGGCUCGAAAAGCAAAGGAAUCAAGGAGCAACGGCCGACAUUGGGAUGGACGGCCGCGUGCCGGGUAUUCUUCGGCCCGUGCUGAAGCUCUCGGAGUCCGGGAUGCAUUCGUAUUCGAGGGGCGCGUUGUCGAAUCAUCCUUCGAGGCCCGGCUCCUGCGACCGGUUGGGGAAAGAUCCGAGCUCGAGGAAGUCCGUGGAAUCGUUGUGCCUGUUGGAGGAGCCCGGUUCGUCGAGGAUGCCGAGGAGGGAAGAGGACUGGGGCAGCGAGCUGUCUACGUUGGAACUGAAGCCGCCGACAGGUUUCACGGACGCGCACGAGACCAGCGAGGCCGAGUGCGACAUCGACAUGAAGCUGAAGCUCCACAGGAAGAGGACGGGUUUUCCUUCUAACUCGCUCUCGAAAUCGCCUAAGGACUUUACUAUCACUGUCUAAGUGUGUUUUAAUCAAAUAUUCGAAACAAAUCGCGAGAUCGAAACGAAACGAAGAUUUAAAAAAAAAAACAACAAAAUGUAUCGCAUAAGGGUACACAGACACGUACACGACCUAACAGGAACACAGACACGUAAGAUAAUAACGAUGCCAAAGCAUGAUGAGUGUUAAUUCAAAAAAGCGAAAAAUGUAAAAAAAAUGAUGAUACGCAGAAUAAGAAACAGAACGUUUUCCUCGCCGUUGAGAUUGUCGGGAUCCCCUAACGCUUCUCUGUGGAUGGAUAACUGUCUUUCCGUGUAACUACCGUCGACGAUCCAUUUACAAUAAAGUGGUAUUUUUUUAAAAAAAAUAACAAGAAAAACCAG